AAGGAGAGCCUCGUCCCAUUCGAUUCCCCCUAAAUUAUUUGAUCCCUCUCUCUCUCUCUCUCUCUCUCUCUCUCUCUCUCUCGCGGACUUGAUGUUGCCUUGCAUUCUGGUCCAUUUUUGUUAUGGCCUAAAGUUAUAUGCUCGGCCGCUUCUCUGUCACGCCUGCCUCCUUGUUAACCUUGCUACACACCCCUUUGUUUACCGACGAGGGAGGAUGGUGAUGAAGAAGCCCCGCAUCGUGAUUGUCGGGGCGGGGAUGGCGGGCCUCACCGCCGCCCACCGCCUUCACGCCGCCGCCGCCUCCGGUGACCUCUUCGACCUGUGCGUCGUGGAGGCCGGCCACCGCCUCGGCGGCCGCAUCCUCACCUCCGUGUUCGCUGGUGACCGCGUCGAGAUGGGUGCCACCUGGAUCCACGGCAUCGGAGGUAGUCCAAUCCACGCCAUCGCCCACGACAUCGCUGCCCUUGCCGGUGACCGUGAACCCUGGGAGCGCAUGGACGGCUUCCCCUCGGAUCCCCUCACCGUCGCGGAGGGUGGAGCCCUCGUUGACCCCUACGCCGUCGUCGAUCCCGUCACCUCCCUCUACCGCCGACUUAUGGACUCCGCGAGGGCGGGCGACGCCACCGUGGACCCAAAGAGACCCGGUGUCGGGCCGUUCCUACGCCACGGCCUCCAAGAGUACCGCUCCUCUCGCGGCGGGAGCAGCGGCUGCGGCGAGUGGAGCCUGGAGGAGCUUGAGGAGUGCGUGUUCGCGAUGCACGAGUUCAUGGAACGGACAUGCACCUCGGCCGACGACCUCAAUGAACUCGACUUGGCCGCAGAGAGCGAGUACAGAGACUAUCCCGGGGACCAGAUCACCAUAGCCAAAGGGUACUCGCAGAUCGUCGAACACCUCGCGUCGGCCCUUCCCCCGGGCAUGAUCCGCCUCGGUCGGCGUCUCCGGCGCAUCGAGUGGUGCUCGGACGGCGAUGGGGAUGGCCAGCCGGUGAGACUUCACUUCGAGGGGGAGCACUCGGCCAUGGCGGCGGACCAUGUGAUCGUCACGGUCUCGCUGGGGGUGCUCAAGGCCGGACUAGGGAAGGGAGGCGGGGAUACGAGCGGCGUGAAGUUCUCACCGCCGCUCCCCGCGUUCAAGCAGGAGGCCAUUGAGCGGCUGGGGUUCGGCGUGGUGGAUAAGCUAUUCAUGGAGAUCGAGGGCGACGAUGGGGGUGGAGGAUUCCCGUUCCUCCAGAUAGCGUUCGCCCACGAGGAAAGGGAGGGGAGAAGGCGCGUGGCGGGGAUACCGCGGUGGAUGAGGAGGACGGCGUCCAUCUGCCCUAUCUACCGCGGCUCGCGUGUGCUGCUGGCGUGGUUCGCGGGGAGGGAGGCCCUGGAUCUGGAGGCGCUGUUGGACGAGGAGAUCAUCCGUGGGGUCCACGCCACGCUCGAUGCCUUCCUUCCGGCGGAUGUCACGUGCGGCGGCGGCGACAAGGUCGAUCGGCGAUGCAACGAGAGAGGAGCGGCAUCGUCGCCCCCGAGGAUCGCGAGGGUGAAGCGAAGCGGGUGGGGAAGGGACCCCUUGUUCCUGGGAUCCUACAGCUACGUGGCUGUGGGAUCGAGCGGGGCCGAUCUGGAUCUGAUGGCAGAGCCGCUGCCACGUCUGUGCGGGGACCCGAAAGAGAAGGAGGACAGGGGCGCUAGUCCUCCUCCUCCCUCUCCCCCUCCCCCUCUACAGAUACUGUUCGCCGGGGAGGCGACGCACCGGACGCACUACUCUACGACGCAUGGGGCGUAUCUAAGUGGGGCCAGGGAGGCUAAUAGGCUGCUCCAACACUAUUGCUACACAUCAGCAGCCUAGCAUAGCCCCAGCUCGCUGUGUUUCGUCAUUUUUAUUAGUGUGUUUGCGAGGGAUGGGUUACAAUAACAAAGCUACUUUCUCCA